AUGUCGAAACCGUACGAUCAACCGCCCGCCUAUGACAAUGGCCCACAGCAUCCACAAGCCGCUUACCAGCAACCCGGCGCAUACGGCCAACAACAACAACCGCCGUACGGUGGCGGCAAUGAUGGAUACUACCAAUCGAACCCCAACAUGGGCUACUACCAACAACAAGGACCUCCUCCUCCGAAUGGGGGCGGGUACUAUCAGCAGCAGCAGCAGGGCUAUUACGGCCCUCCCCAGCAAGGAGGCGGCUACUACCAGCAAGGAUACCCCCCACAAGGCCGCUAUCAAGAUGAUCGCAGCUCGGGUCCCGGUUGUCUAGAGGGUGUUCUCGCUGCUCUUGCCUGCUGCUGCUGUCUGGACCUCUUGUUCUAA